CCUGUCCUUUGCUCAACAUUCCAGCAAAUUCUGGAAUUCUGUGAAAUCCUAAAAUCGUUGUUACUAAAAUCAUUUCUAGAAGUUCUCGAACACUUGACUCAUAUUAUGAAUGGAAUCUGGAAACUUCUAAAGAAGCGGGAAAUGGCGGUAGAUGGUGAAGAUCAAAAGUGAUUUUUGUGUUCGUUGUCAUACCAGCUGAGUUAUGGUGAUAUAUUGAUAUAAAAGUUGGCUAGCGUCAUUUUACAUUCUAAUUUUUAGAUUCAAUAUCUAAUAUACCUAGAAUGUAUUAUUUUUAAUUAUGUGCAUUUCCAACAGAAAAGAAAGUGAAAAGGAAACCGCCAAAACUGCAGAAGAAGAUAAUGAGGCCGAUUUCAGGAUAUACAGUAUCCUUUCUUACUUCAUUGUUUUGGUAGUGAUAGGCCUACCAGUAUGGUGGUACACAACCAGAGUAUACAGGGCCAACCUUCCCAUAACCCAAAUGUACAAUGCGGAGCUAAAAAUGAAGACCGACCGUGAAUUUGGAAUACCUUUGAGCUUGGACUACGAUAUAUUGAUUUCUUUUGUACACCCCGACCCAGGAGGUUUGGAAAUAGAGCUGCACGGUCAGGAUAUAGAACAUAACUUGCAACCUCUCUUGAACACAGUACAGCCAGUUGCUGAUUUUGUUGUGAAAUCCCAAUGGCUGUAUCUUACGAAACUAGGCGCAGUACCGACUAAAGUUGGGGAUUACUACGUGCUUUCAGAAAACCAGCUUCCUCAUAUCAUAACUCCGUUGGAGACAAAAUUAUGGUCACAUUUGUCUCCUAGGCCAUCACUGAAUUUGAUUGUGUACUUUCCUCAUUGUAAUGCACCUUUGUAUAUCCAUGACAGUAGGAAUAGGAAGGUUGAAAGCAACUCUUUCUUGAGUGCUAGAUGGGGCGGGGUGUACAUUAUGAACCCUGAUAAAUCUGCAUGCGAGAAAAAGCAAUUUCAGCCUGACUUGCAGCUGAUAGUUUCAACUUUCAUGGCCCAGCUGAAAAGUUUGUUCAAAAUCGACAAUAGCUCCAACGCAGAUGACAUUUACGAAUUGAAAAUGCGGAAGGCUCGUGAGCUUCUAGAUUCAACUCGAAGGACACUCAGGUCUCUUGCUCAGUUACUAUCAGAAAUCAGCAGUAUCGUCAUAAGCGAUGAGGUUGGGAGCAAAAUCAAUGUCGCUGUGGAAAAUGCUGAUUUGGCUGAUGAUUUUUUGAAGAGAGGGGACGUGGAUGAGGGUCUCCAAUAUGCCAAGUUGGCCUUUUCCAAUGCAGAGGCAGCUUUCGGCCAUCCUUCUCUGCUGGCAUUGCUUUACUUCCCAGAAGAUCAAAAGUAUGCUGUGUAUAUUCCUCUGUUUUUACCAAUCAUGAUUCCAGUAUUCAUGUCCUUACCUCUUGUAAGAAAGUGGAGAAAAAUGAAAAAAACAAAGUUGGAGUAGCAGGUUAUUGAUUUGAAUAAAGACAUGAAUGAAUAAAUUGAAUAAAUCCUCUUUUCCUUUUUUGCUGAUUAA